AAGCACAUAAGCCAAAAGCGAUCUCACAUUGAGAUGUGCGAUCUGCGCAUGUAUAUUCGUCGCAUAUUUAUUUAAAAAACUGCAUUCUCCCUGGGAACUCAUGAGUGAUAACAUGUUAGUUUUGUAUUAUCAUCAAACAAUGAUAAAUGAUUUAUCAACGUACUUUUUUUUUUUAAUUUACUAUUUAUUAUUAUUGUAUUCUAAUACUAUUUCCAUUUAAUAAUAUUUACUGUUUUUACAUUUUUUGACCUACACUUGUAUUUUCUUUUUCGUAUUACAUACUGAUUGAGUUUCGCGUUUAACUCGUAGCCGUCGGGUGUUCGAGGUGUAAUUUUCAGGGAUGCUGUGAAUCGCGUUAAGCAAUUAUUUUACAUACCUACCUACCUAUUGUAUUUCAAACCAUCUAGAAAUAACAUCUUGAGAUAAAACACUAACAUUAUAAUGUGGGAAAUUUUGAUUUAUGCGUUUUCCAUGUUCAUGACCGGAGCUUUGUUAUUCCUCAUGGUUUACUCUAUUAUAACACUGUCAGAUCUCGAAUGUGAUUAUUUAAAUGCUCAAGAAUGUUGUAACAGACUGAAUUUUUGGGUGCGACCAAGAAUUGUUGCACAAACUAUAAUAGUUAUAGGAUUUUUGACUGAUUACAAUUGGUGGAUGUCCCUUGUAAAUGUUCCAGCUGCUGCAUGGAUCAUUUAUGAAUUUGUCACUAUACCUAGAGGAAAUACAGGUUUAUUUGACCCAACCGAGAUUCACCAUCGUGGCCAAUUAAAAAAACAUAUGCGUAAUUUCGUAAUAUUUACUGGAUGGUAUCUUAUUACAUUUUUCUUCUAUUUAUAUUUCAUGAUAUUGGCUAUAUUAAAAGGCAAUCCCUUGGAGACUGAAGCACCUCAACACGUCAACAGAUUCUAGUCUUAAUUUUGCACAUCCUAACAUUUAAUAUACGUUUUUUUAUGUGUUAUUUAAGUUUACAUGUAAACUUUUGUUUGAUAUUUUAAAUAACAUGCUUACUCCAUUGUAACAUCAUAAGUUUUAUUAUAAACAGAUGUUCUAAGUUAUAACAUUUUACAAAAAAGAGCCAACUGUUUUACUACUAGCAAUAAUAGGUAUGUAUCCUAUAAUAUAGAUGAAACAAAAUGUAUGUUAUGGUACUAUGUUAUAGAAUGUCUGCAUAGUUCUGGUUUUCAUCCAUGGUUUUUCUGUUUAUUGUAAAAUUAUUAGUUCUGCCUUCUCUAAUACAUUUUUUUUAGAUUUUUUUUUUAUUAAAAUUUUUAUCUAAUGUACAUCACUUACCACAUAUAUAUUAUACCUGGUCCAGCAUGAUAAUACACCAAUUCUGUGCAUUCUCACUCUUACCCUGUCAUCAAGAUCAGUUUAUCUAUGUAAGGGUAUCACUUGGCGAUGCACAGUAGAACUGAAACUAACAUUGCGGUGUGUUAUCUUGUUGGAGAGGGUAUGGUUGUCAUUUUUAUAAUUUUAAUGUAUUACCAUAUUAUUUUGUUACAUUAACUUAAUACUAUGAAAAAAUAAGUAUAAUAUUUAGUUUAGAUUAAGAACAUAUUUCCUUAAGUAUUUAUAAUAAUAAUUAAAAAUUAGGUAAUUAAAUAAUAUUUUAAUUUUAAGACUAUAAACUAUAAGUAUUGAUGUUAAUUGAAUGUUUUAAAUUUAAUUAAUGAAGAAUUAAAAAAAAAUAAAUGAUUCAAUAUUA